GCAUUGAACGCAAUGUCAACUAAUUGGCAAAUUUCAUCAUGCUGAGAUCUUUUCUUAAUGUUUGCCCAUUCUAAUCCUGUGGGAACCAACUUGAAAGGUAAGGUAUAUAAACCGAAGAAAAUUCAGAUCAUUUAAUCAGAAAUCGUCAGGUGUCUAUCAAGUCAGGAUUUAUCAACAAUCAGCCCUUGUGUUCAAAAUGAAGUCCAUCGCCGCCCUUCUACUGCUGGUCAUCGUUGCCGGAAGCCAAGCGUACAUCCUGCCAUACGGCCUACCCGCUGCCGUGAUCCAAACGAAUCUGGGACUUCCGACUGCUGCCCUGGACCUCGGACCAUACCCGUAUGGCCCGGCAGCACUAGCCCUGGCCGCAGGUCAUCCGGCAGCCAUUUCGAUUCCAGCAGUCCACCACCAUGCCCUGGCUGGACCAGCGUCGUACGUGGCCGCCAACCGCGGUUCCGUGCAUGCUGCUCCCCUUCCUGGACAUCUGAUAUCGCAGAAAUCGCUCAACCUAGCUCCAGCCCCUGGAACCCUGUAGAUUGGUAGAUUGACUCCGGUCACGCAAAAGGGUAAAAGAAAUGCUUCGAUCGUUGCAGUAGCUCUAGUUUCAAUAAAUAAAUUGCAAUACAAAUGAUAAUACUAAAUAGCGGUGGCUUU